CCUAGGUGACAAGUUAGGGAAAACUUUCCUUAACUCGAAACCUAUAUGCUUCCUAAGUUUUACAUACGACAUGAUUUGUCGUGAUAGUAACAGGUACGUUAUGAGGGAAGUGUUUCCCUUUGUGUGAUGGAAGUUGUAGCUUAAUACUCAAACUCAGUGGUUAGUGAAGCCUUUUGAAGCCGCUCGGUAAGCUCACUGUUAUCUGUCAGCUGACCCCUGUGACUUCAUAUCAGUAUAUAAACAUUGGUCUAAUAUGCACAGGUGUAGCUCUGCGUGGGGAUUUAGUGUAGCUGUAUUGUCUGCUCGCUGUCGUUGACUCGUCCAGGUAGUUUUUAUGUGUCUCUGACAGAGCAGCCACUUUGCAAUGGUGCUGCAGCUGCUCCCACCUGUCAACUAGCUGGCUCCUCUCCUCCUCGUCUCCUCUCCUCUCCUCUCCUCUCCUCCUCUCCUCUCCUGCAAUGGCCCACUGCGGAUCUUCCGAGCCGAGCGCUGCUAAGGUCCAGACUCCGCGUCCCGACAGCAUGGCGUCGUCGCAGGGCAGCGUGGACCAGAGCAUGAAGCCCGUGUUGUUCGAGAUCUUCGGGGAGAUGUGGACCGUCCAGUCCCGGCUCGGCCAGGGAGUGUCGGCCUCUGUGUACAGGGUCAGCUCGGGCACAGCCUCCACCGCCGCUGUCAAGGAGUUCCAGGCCGACACUCAGGGAGGAGACUACGGGUAUCACAAGGAGAGGUCCGUGCUGGAAGACAUCCAGGGACAUAAAAACAUCGUGACGCUGUACGGCGUGUUCACCAACCACAGCUGUACGGGUGUCACCACCCGCUGUCUUCUGCUGGAGCUCCUGGAUGUCAGUGUGUCCGAGCUGUUGGUCAGAGGCAACAGUGGAUCUCAGGAUGGGAGGUCCCAGCAGGGCCAUUCCAUGUGGCUCGUCCAGCACUGUGCCCGAGAUAUCCUAGAGGCCCUUGCCUUCCUUCACAGGGAAGGCUAUGUCCAUGCUGACCUCAAGCCACGCAACAUCCUCUGGAGCGCUGACGACGAGUGCUUCAAGCUCAUCGACUUCGGCCUCAGCUUCAAAGAGGGAAACCAGGAUGUCAAGUACAUUCAAACAGAUGGGUAUCGCGCUCCAGAGGCUGAGCUUCAGAACAACCUCGCUCAGGCUGGGGUUGAGAUGGAGGGGGACUCGGGCUGCUCGUCCGCCGUCGACAUGUGGAGCCUCGGUAUCAUCCUGUUGGAGAUGUUCUCAGGAAUCAAACUCAAAGACACCGUCCGCUCGAAGGAGUGGAAGGAUAACUGUGCUGCCAUUGUCGACCAUAUUUUUGCCAGCAACAGUCUGGUGUCUCCAGCCAUCCCUGUCUAUCACCUCAGAGACCUUAUCAAAAGCAUGCUCCUCAACAACCCAAAGCAAAGAUGCACGGCUGAAACUGCCCUGCUGAGCCCAUUCUUCAGUAUCCCCUUUGCUCCUCACAUUGAGGACAUGGUCCUGCUGCCCUCUCCUGUCCUGCGUCUGCUAAACCUGAUCGAGGACAGCCACCUGCACAACGACGAGGAGUAUGAAGACAUCCUGGAGGACAUGAAAGAGGAGUGUCAGAAGUACGGCUCGGUGGUCUCUUUGCUCAUCCCCAAAGAGAACCCAGGAAAAGGACAGGUCUUCGUCGAGUACGCCAACUCCAGUGACUCCAAAGAGGCUCAGAGGCUGCUGACAGGCCGCACCUUUGAUGGAAAGUUUGUCGUUGCCACCUUCUAUCCUCUCAGCGCCUAUAAAAGAGGUUACUUGUACCAGACUGUGCAGUAAAGUCCUGAAGCUGAGUUUAUACCUCUGCACUAUUCACGUUAAAUAAAAAAAAUACGUCUACAUAUAGCAGCAUAGGGGAGAAGUCUUUAUCUCCCCAUAUACAUGCAGAUCAUUUUCAGUGAAUAAUGUGUAGUUAGAAGUUCUGCAUGCUAGCUCUGGUUUUCUGCAGUACAUUCAGGCUUUCAUGCAGAGUGUGAACUGAAGACUUCAUUUCUGCUGCUUCCAGUGCAUUACUCUUAUCAGUGCACAACCUUCUAGUGCUUUAAAGGUCACAUGUUAUCCUCCUUUUCAACCAGUUCAAAUAAGUCUCAGAGCUCCCCAAUCAUCCUGUAUUUGAUCAUGCCUAUAAACCCCUCUAUUUCAGCCCUGAAACACAUCGUGUCUGUAGCAUUAACUGUAAAUGAGCUGUUUUUGACCACACCCUGGUCCAUGCUCUGUUGUUAACAGUGAGAAGGCAGACUCAGAGGGCAGAACAAACACCAAGCACACGAGGGAGGAGUUACUGCCCUUUGUGAA